ACACGCCAGUACUCUACUUUUAUAAUAUAAGACUUUGGUUAUGUUUGAUAUAAAAUACUAAUUGUUAAACUACUUUUACUUGAUUAUCUAAUUUCAAAUAUAUUGUUAUAUCUAAAAUUAAUAAUUUAUUAUAACAGUAGGUAUCUAAGUCUAAGAACUAAAAUCAACUUUUCUAUUAAAAAUUACUAGGUAGGUAGAUAAAAGCUUUUACUCAAGAAUGAAAUCAUCACGUUCUGCACUCACGCGAAAUGCAAGAAAAACGAGACGAUUACUGUCAGAUUCGUCAGACGACAGUGAUAAUCAGGAUUCCUCAUACACAGAUAGUACUCGAGCAGAAAAAUUUACUCGCCGUAGGCAUCUAAAACCACUGUCAAGUACCAAGGUAGAUAUUACCUUAUCUAGUACUAAUGAAGAGCCUGUACAUAUUCGACCUGACAGAACACUCUUUAGAUUAUCUGAUUCAUCGGAUCUACAAUCACCAGAAGGGUCAGUAUUUAUACAUUAAUACGCUAUUAUCUUAUCCAGUGGCUUAUAUAUAGGUAGGGGCACUUUAGACCCUACCUCUUACCAAAGUAUAAGGUUUGAUUUUUACAAUUACUCAUAGUUCCAUUAUUCAUAUUAAUUAAUUAAUACAUUUUAAUGUAUCAACAUUUCUAAACUAUUUUAGUAUUUUUAGACUAAAAUUUGUGUAACUACUAUAAAUAAAUCAGUUGUUUAAGAAAACCCACUUGUCUAACACAAUUUAUUCCUGUUUUAUUGUAAUUUUAGAUUCUUCAUAUAUUUAUUUCAAGAGAAUUCCUACUUGCAGUGGCGUUAUGAAAUAGUUUAACUCAUAAAGCUUAUUCUAUUUGGAAACUGAGAUGCCUAUUAGUAUAUUUAGGAGUCAAUUAGGAACAACUUGGUGCCUAUAUCGUAAUUUUCUAAGAGGGGAACGAAAUUAACGUUUUCCAAAAAAAAAGAAAAGAAUAAGUCAAAUUCAAUUUCAAAGAACUUUAAUAUUUAUCAGGGGAAACAUCUGCACCUAUGUCUCCCCCAAAGAGUAUCCAUUAGGUUAUUCUUUAUUAUCUUAAGAAUUAAGUUAAAUUUUCAAAACUUUAUAAAAUUGUAAAAUCGUUUAAUAAUUUAAAUUGUUUAUUUAUUUUUUUUUUUGUGUUUUAAACUAUAACCAAAUUUCAGGAUCGAGAUAUCCCAAAAUUACCUUAUAACACUAUUAGAUAAAUUAUAAUACAAAUUUAAUAUACAUCAUAAUCUAGGUAAAUAGGUCAAUUGUAAUAAAUAGUUUUAGGUAGCCAUUUCUGAUAAAUAGUUGAAAAGUACGAGGACAUAGUAUGAUUUUUGAAAAUUUGGACUAAAAGUCUAGGUAUAUUUUGUAACAGUCUGACAGGAUUCAUCUUAUCAUGAAAUAUUCUUUAAACCCUUGUGCUGGUUUUUUUUCAAAGUUUUUAUUUUAGUUAUUUUUAAAAAAAUUAGCAUUGUUAUUAUGUAUAUAAAUAUUACAAUUAUAAUUUGAAAAUAGAGUUAGCAUUUUCAAUACCAACACAAUAUAGAUCAGUAUUACAGCCAUUAUAGGUAUCUGGUUUUAAUAAUAUUUGUAUUAAAUUUUACCACAAUAUAGAGAAAAUACAUCGUAGUAGGUACCUAGCAUCUACUUACAUAAGCACCGACUGCAUGGGUUCUCGGGGGCGCAGCCCCUAUUAAAAAAUAGAGUUUCCUGAACCGUGUUUACGGAAUAAUGUAUCUGAGAUUUGAGAACAUUGUUAAUAAUGAAAUUAUAAUCAGUAAAGUUAGACAGAAUACAUUUUCUUUAAAUUAAUAUGAUAUUAUUAAAAUAAAAUAAAAAGCAAAUAAAAAUGUUUAAUUUAUUUUCUAUUAUAUUAUAGGUAGUACUUAUUUUAUCAUACUUUACAUAUUUGAACCAGUUUAAACUAGGACUGUAAGUGACAAAAAAUCUGAGGGGGAACUGUUAUCAAUAAACAAUUUUGAGCUUUCCUUUGUCAUAUAAUUGUUUAUUGCAAAAAAAUAUUAAGAGGAGACAGUUAAAAUUUGGACACAAAUAGUCCCCUUCCUGCGUCUCUACUCUUUAACCACAUAUUUAAAUUAUUUUGACGGGCAAAAAUUAAGGCUAAAAAGUAGUAAGUUCGGCCCCCAUUGAAAUUUUCAAAACCUGGCAUCUAUGCCUACUUAUCAUAUUAUAGGCAUUUUACAAAUUAUAUAGUUUUUCAAAAGCCAAAUAUUUAUUAUGGUAUAGCCGAUGUUAAUCCAUUGCCUAGUAUAGAGCGUACAUAAGUGUUCUGUGUUUUUUUUAUCCUUAUAAUUAAAUAAUUUAUACCUAAUAUCUAUUACUUUUUAAAUAUACUUAUAGUGAUCAAGCAGAAAAAUGUUCUCUUCGUAAACAUCUUUCACCAACGGCAAGUACAAAUGAGAAUAUUUCUGCCUUGUCGUCUAUCGGUUAUGAGUCGGAGGUUCAUAUCCGAUCUGAUAGAACACUUUUUAGAUUGUCUGAAUCUUCAAAAGAGUAAGUAAUUACCUAUUAUUUUCUACAUUUUAUAAUUAAUGUUUAAUACAAUAGCUUAUAUCUAUUUCCUGAAAUAUUAGGAUUUUUAUUAUCUAGAUUUCUUUUACUAGAUUUUUAAAAUACUUACUUAUUCCAUUGUAUUUGCACAUCUUUAUUGUUAGCUAGUAUUAAAUUACCCACCUAUUUUUUUCAAAUUAAAAUAUUAUUUAUAUUAUUAUUUUAUUUUAGUAUCUCCUAUGAUGAUAAAAAUAUUUCUUCUUCAAUGAAUGAAUCAUUUGUAUCUAAAUCACCACAAAAUAAUUUUAAUGAAUAUAGGAAUACAACACAGUCAAACGAUGAUGACCAAUCAAAAAGUAGUGAUUUUGAUGUAAGUUAAAAAUAAAGAAGUUGGGUAAUUUUUAGUGAUAUACUUUUUAUUUAUUUAGAUGCCAAGUAACAAUUUUGAAAGUGAAAACGAUAAUAGUGAAAUAGAAGAGGUUGUAGAAGAAUCCAUUCAAUCUCUAACAGAAGACAUCGCCACAAAUGAAUCUUUUUUCAUAACACCCAAAACAGUUAAAACCAAACGUAGGAUAAUUUUAGAUUCAAGUGAUGAAAAUGAUGUUGAAAAGACAUCCAUAAAUAAUUCUGAUUCUAGGGUGAGUGUUUUGAUUGCUUAAACAAAUGUAUAAAGUAUUAAUAAUUAUUAUUUUAUACCUUGUAGGAAAAAUCCCAAAUUGUGGAAUAUGAAUCGGAUAGUGACCAAUAUACUUCUUCUUCAAUGAAUGAAUCAUCUGUAUCUAAACCACCACAAAAAAAUUUAAAUAAAUAUAGAAAUACAAUACAAUCAAAAGAUGACCAAUCAAAAAAAAAUUUUGAGAGUGACAAUGAUAAUAGUGAAAUAGAAGAGGUUGGAGAUGAAUCCAUUCAAUCUUUAACUGGAGAUAUAACCACAAAUGAAUCUUUUUUCAUACCACCCAAAACAGUUGAAACCAAACGUAGGAUAAUUUUAGAUUCAAGUGAUGAAAAUGAUGUUGAAAAGACAUCCAUAAAUAAUUCUGAUUCUAGGGUGAGUGUUUUGAUUGCUUAAACAAAUGUAUAAAGUAUUAAUAAUUAUUAUUUUAUAUCUUGUAGGAAAAAUCUCAAAUUGUGGAAUAUGAAUCGGAUAGUGACCAAUAUACUUCUUUUUCAAUAAAUAAAUCAUCACAAAAUAGUUUUAAUAAAUAUAGGAAUACAAUACAAUCAAAAGAUGACCAAUCAAAAAGUAGUGAUUUUGAUGUAAGUUAAAUGCUUAGUAUGUAAUGCUAAGUAUGUAUGCUUAAAUUGUUUACUUUAACAAAUACAUAAAGUGUUAAUAACAAUUAUUUUAUAUCUUGUAGGGUAAAUCUCAAAUUGAAAUGAAAUUAGAAGAUUUGUCUUUAAUUGAAUCUAGUGAAUCUGAUACUGAUACGCCUGCCCAUAAUAAAUCAACUACUUUGUCUUUUAAUAAAAAAAAUGGACCUAUUGUUGAUAAAUUGAACAAUUCAAAUUAUUUAAAUACUUCACAUAGUUCAUCAAGUAUUAAUGCAAUCAAAGCAAAUGUAUCCCGUGAAAAAAAUAUUGAUGUGAUCACUGAAAUUGGUAGUCAUAAAUCGCCUAAAUUAUUAUUCCCAGAAACAAUUGAUUUGACUGAAGAUGAUUUAAAUAACCAUAUUAAUUUUACAACAUCAAUACAAAACACUAACAAAUUAACAAAUAAUGAAUUUGAAUCAUUAAAAAUGGAAAAAACAAGACUAGAAGAAAUUAUAAGUACAUUUUCACAAAAUAUUGAAAAAAUGAAAGUUAGUGAAUAAAGACUAUUAGUAAAAUAUUUUUUAAUUUUAAUUGUAUUAAAUUUAUUCUGUUAUUACUUUAAGAAUGCUAUAAAAUCUAUAAAUUUACAACUAUUACCAGAUAGAGGUCUCAAAUUAAAAAAUUCAGUUUUAAAAGAAGAAAAAAACUUGAAAGAAUCUCAAAUGCAAUUAGCCAAUGUUCUUAGAAAAUUAAAAAAAUUCUCAGGUAAUUUCUUUAUAUUUGCUUUAUCUUUGGGUUUUUUUGAUCUCUUAAGACUGUCCUGUCUCACUAACAAAUUCUCCAACUAUCUCUAUCCCCAUCACUAAAACGUUCUUUAUCUUUACAACAUUUUUUACUUAGUGGGUUUUUUCUUCCAGCGCUGUUUUUAGAAGUGUGUUUUGACUUCUUCAUACAUAUCCAGCCCAUUGCAGUAUUUCUUUAUUGAUGAUUUCUAAAAUAUUAUUUUCGCCACACAUUAUUUCUAGCUAUUUUUCUUCCUUAGUUUAUAUUAUUGGAUUAUGCUAAUCCUUUUUGGCCCAAAGAUUUUCUGCAUUAUUUUCAUUUCAAAUAUCAAUAAUUUUUUAUCGUCUAUUUUUCUUAGUGGCCAACUUUCAGGUCAGUACAAAAUUACAGGUUGUAAAUUACUGUUUUUUGUUUUAGUUUCCUUUGAUAGUUAUCAUGUAUAUUAAUACUUUUUCCACCUUAAUUCUUACUGUUAAUUCUCUUUUUACUUUGGUGUUUCCCAUUAUUAUCGAGUCUUAAGUAUUUAUAGCAGUCUACUUUUAUGCAUAUAAGUCAGCUAUUCUUGUUUUCCUAAAAUUAUAUAUUCUAUUUUCUGCUCAUUAAUAUAUUGUCCUACUUUCAGUGCUGGAUAAUUAGAUCUGUUGAAUAACAGAUUUAAUUUAGUUGUGAGAUUUCUUCACUAGUACUACAUUAUCUAAUGCCAGUAAAAUGAUAACCAAAUCUUAACAUUUUACACCUUGAGGCUCAAUCUUCAUCUUUAUCUGUCUAAUUACAUUUUCUAAUUUAAGUUUAAAUAGAAUGUUUGACAUGGAAUCAACUUGACUUAAAGUUCAUACAUUCUAAUUACAUUUAGCAAAUCCUAUUUUCAAUUUCUUGUCUUUAUUUAGUUUAAUCUAGUAUGAGACUUAGUGUCCCAAACAAAUGCUUUUUUACAAGACAGGGUUGUGAACUCUGCUCUCAACUUCCACCCGGAAGACUAGUCUACACAAUCAACCAAGAUCAAGGUUAUUGUAGUACACCUACAGUUACAUUGAAUAAUGAUAAUAACACAUUUGUUAUGCCCAAUAAAUAAAAUAAAUAUUAUAUUUAUAAUAUAAUAUAUUAGUAUUUAAUAAAUCUGAUAAAUGUAUAUAGUAAAUAAAUAUAUAAAUACAAAAUUUAUAUAUAUAGAAAUAAUAUACAUUAAAUUACCUAUAACAAUGACUGCACCCUUCCCUAUUAUCCUUGGACAUCUUUUUUGUUUCUAUAUUUAUAUAUGAGUACUAACCAUUUUAAUAAUUUUGUUUUACUUUAUUAUUUUAUUAGCUUAUAAAUGUAAUUAUAUUUUAAUCCAAUAAGACUAAUUAUUUCUUAAAAUGUAUGUUCUAAUUGGAAUUAAUGUACAGAAGAACGAAUUGAUCAAACUCCAUCAACGACUUUAGACUUUCCUAGACCAUUGAAUAUAAAUCCAUUAAUAAAAAAAGCUGCUGCAAAUGUUGACAUCAAUGCUAUGGGCAGCAAAGGUAUUUUAAAAUCAUUAAUUUUAAAUGUAAUUUAUUGUUUAAUAAAAAUCAUUUUGAUAUUUUCAUAUUAGCUUAUAGUACUUACCGUGCACAGCAAGCUAUGACUAUGGAUGUAUUACACAGUUUACACAAAUCAUUAGAAACAUGUCCACCCUCUAAUAUUUUAGCUGAUGAUCCACAAGGAUUAAAAGUAGAACUUAUGGAUCAUCAAAAACAUGCUAUAGCUUGGCUAAUGUGGAGAGAGGGUCAAAAACCACAUGGUGGGAUUUUAGGUAAAUAGAAAUGUUUACAUUAAAUAAUCAAUUUGUUUUGAAAUUUGUAGUUUUGUUUUUCAGCUGACGAUAUGGGUCUAGGUAAAACACUAACAAUGAUUGCAUUAGUUUUAAAAUCGUCUGAAAUGAAAGAGGAGGAAGAAAGUAGUGAUUCAGAUAAUUCUAUUCAAGAUUCUAUACGCAAUAGUAUACAUCAGUUUUAUUAUAUUCUUUAACUUGUUCAUUCUAGAUAUGAUGAAAAUAAAUUAUUUGUAAAUUACUCUGUUCCUCAGCUAUAAAAGGUGGAACUCUUAUUAUAUGUCCAGCGUCAUUGAUCAGUCAAUGGGAAAACGAAAUAAAAUCAAAGGUACGUCCAAGGCUUUUAGAUGUUUUUCAACAUUAUGGACCAAAUAGAGAGACUUCUGCAAGAAGAUUAGCUAGAAAAGAUAUUGUCAUCUCAACAUAUAAUGUGAUUAUGUGGGACCAUAAAAAAGCAAAUAAUGUUAGUAUUUUAAAAAAAAGUUUUUCGUGUUCGUAAUAAGAAGUAUAUUUAUAUAGAGCCCUCUUUUUCAAAUAAAAUGGAACCGAAUCAUACUUGAUGAAGCGCAUACCAUUAGGAAUUACAAAAGUCAGACUUCUGUAGCUGUGAGUGAGCUAUGCGGUAUAAAUAAAUGGGCUUUAUCUGGAACGCCUAUUCAUAAUAAGGAAGCAGACUUUUAUGCUUUGCUAAAGUUCAUUAAGUGUCGUCCUUUUGAUGACUGGGCAGUAAGUGUAGUUUAUUAAUGAUUUAAUUAGCUCAUAUGGGCAUAUUGUUUAUUAUACUUGUUAAAAUUAAAAAAAUUAUUAUUUAAUUUGUUUGACAAGGUUAAAUGUAACUUGCAAAUUGUUUUAUUUAUAGAUUCUUGGUGGAGCGAAAUAGCUUAUGAUUUUUUUUUUUAUCUAUGCGCAACUUUUCUACCAAAAAUCUUGCUCUGUUUUUUAUAUAUAGCACCUUUUCUGAAAGUAAAUUGAAUUGGGGUUGUCAUUUUUUAAUUUUCUCUGGAGUUUUCUCAUCAUAUGUGAAAAAACUGGAAAAUUUACAAAUAUAUUAGUAAAAUAUAAUUUAUAUAAUAUAUUUUUUUUCUCCAUAGACUACUUUUUACCAGCAAUUUUACUCAAAUUUAUAAUGAUAGGAAUUUUUCUAAAUGGAUAAAUGGAAAUUGUUUGGGAAGGUAUUUAAAGGAGGUAAUUUUUUUGAUUUUUUCCACUAGUUUUCCUAAUAAAUGAGAAAUAACACGUGAAAACUGUAGGAAAAUAAGUACAAUAUUAAAUAAAAUAUAUAACGUCUGUGUAAUUAUUUUACCACAAUAUGGCAUAUAUAUUGACACAGCAACUACACUAUCAACUGAACUUUGCUCAUAAUCGUUUUUUCGUUAGCAAUGGUUUAUUGCUGCUAACAGACUUACCUACAUUAAAUUUCCCCUCUACUGCCUUCCCAAAUUCUCACCUAUAACAGUGGUGAAUGUAUGACCAUGUACGAAGUAUGUCCGUCUUUUGGAAUAUUUGUUUUGAUUUAUUAUUUUAUUUAUAAUUUACUGUAGGUUACAAUGUAUAUCCAAAUGUACCUCCUGUAGCAUAUAGUAACACGGAGUUAAUAAUAAUUUAAAUUUAAACAUUACAAUUUGUCUAAGUGUAUAAAGUAUUUUUGUUUUUUUUUUUUAUUAUUCAAAUUUAACAUUGGCGACAAUAGCCAUUAGUUACAUAUUAUAUUUAUCUAUUAGGUUAUACAGCUUGGUUUUGUUUAUGAACUUUGAAAUUUGUGUGGUAGUGUCCUUGUCAGAUCCAAGAGCUUUGUCAUGGUAUUGAGUAUUUUCAGUUUACUAAGUUCGUUUGAUUUUCUUAAUGAUAUCUAAUAGUUCUUCUUUUGAAAUAUUGUAAUCUUUGUAAAUUGUUAGAGGAUCAAAGUGACCUUGAUUUUUUUCAAUAAUAUAUUUAACUGUGGUAUAGUCGAUUUUAAAAUUGUUUUGGCCGGUAAAAAGUUCUACAGAUUCUAAAUGUGUCAAUAUUCUAAAAAAAAAAGUUUCAUCGAUUUGGUUUUCUUAUUCUUUUUUGUUUUUCAAUUUUAUUUUUUCUUGAGUGUUUCCCAGUUUAGAGAAUUAAGCGUUUCAGUUAUAUCUAGAGUUAGUUCAAUUGGUGUUAGGGGGGCAGAUUGAAUAUUAAAUGAAUCUGGUAAAGAUUUUUCGGUGUCGGAAGGUUUGUCCAUUUUAAUAUUGUCUGUAUUUGAAAUUGCUUUUAAAUUUUGGAUUAUUGGUUCUGUUGUGACUGGUGGAUUGAAUAGAGAUGUGGGAUCAAAAUUGAAUAUUAACUCCAGUAGAGAUCUUUUGGUGCCCACUGAGUGGUAGACAUUUAUACUGGUAUUUUCUGUAUUUGGAAUAGCAUCUAAUUUUGAAGCUAUGUCUGAGAUGGGUAUGGCAUUAUUUUCCAUUGACAUAUUACUAUUUGAAUCAUUUUGAUUUGGGCAUUUAGAUACAAUGUGCCCCUGGGACUUACAUAAGUAGGAGGUUAGACAAUCAUCAGAUCAAAAAAGAUCCUAUAGUUAGUGUCUUCAUAGUUGAUAGGAAUAGAUGGUGGAAAUUUAAUAAGGUCUUUAUAUUUGAUGAACGUUUAGUAACGAAAGCUUAAAAUAUGUGUAAAAUCAACUUGGAUACUAAAUCUUAAAAAGUUAUUGGACUACAGAGAAAUAUAUUUAAUUUGACAAAUUUGUUUACGAUAAUGUCCGGAAGUAUAUUCGGAUAAAUGUUAGAUUAUAUAUGAUUCUUUUAAUUAGGUUGUAUAAUUUACGUAAUUUGAAAUAUUUUUCUUGUAUUGUGAUAGUUGGGUGAUUUUCAACUAGAUUAUCUACUAAUGACUUCCUUCAUAGAAAUAAACAUAUACAACCUUUAUGUGGGACACGAAUAGAAUAUUUGAAGGUUAAACUACUUUAUCGAUAGCGAUUUUGUAAUCUUUGUGUGGCAAGAACUUGUUUAUUGAUUUUUAUGGUUUGUUUUUUUUUUUCUGGUAGUAAGCUAUUUGCAACAGUAAAAGAAAAUGAUUGUAUACUGUUAUAUAUAUUAAUUGAGGUUUCUGUAAGAUUGAAGUUUGAAAUAUUUUUUGAUUUGGAUUGUAGUUGCGAUUUAAGAUUUGGUGUGAUUUUCGGAACAUUUGGUUUAUAAAUGGUUUUAGUUGUAGCAAUCGUUAGUGUUUUAUUUUUUUAUUUUUGAACAUUAUUAAUUAGUAUUGAUUAACAAAUCAAGGAGCUUCUUAGAGAAGGUGGUUUUGUAUACAUUUUGGUAUUAUGAGCUUGCGCCUGUUGAUUAGUUUCUUGAUUGUUAGCUAAUAGUAUAAUUUACAUGCAUAUUACCUGAAUGCAAUGCAUACUUACUAUCGGAAGCUAUAAAUAUAGCACUCAUAAAACAUGAUAAUGUAAUUAUAGACUGUGCAAUGAUAAAGUAUAUUAUUGUUAUAUUGAUAUCUAAAAUUUGUUAAAAUAUUAAGUAUAAAGUCAAAAUAUUUUUUGCAUUUAAAUAUAUGAAUAUAAAUAUAUUUAGCUUAUAAGUAUAAUUAAUGUUUAUUGUUCACUGUAGAGAUUGAAUAUAAUACCUAAAUAAUGAUUUUUAUUUAUUGGAUUUAUAAAAAAUUAAUAUUAAUAUGACUGAAUUUAAUCAUAUUUGUUUAAAAGGUUUGGAAACGGUGGAUAGGAAAUAAUGAUGAUGCUGGUAAAAAUAGACUUGCUUUAUUGGUAAAGACAUUAUUGUUGAGACGAACAAAAGCUGAGCUUACUGAAACAACUUCAUUUGAAUUGCCAACAAAAAAUAUCCACACUAUAAAUGUAGAAUUUGUGAAAGAAGAGAAAGAAGUCUACGAAAAAGUUUUGCUAUUUUCAAGGUUUGUUUUAAACAUUAUAUUAUAGAACAUUUUUCACUAUUUUCUAUGACUUUUUCAGCACCCUCUUUGCUUCCUAUUUAUGUGAAAAAGCUGAAAAAGAAAAUGCUAUUGACUAUGGUUUUCCAGUUGCAAACAAAACUAAAUAUUUGCACCGUAAGUACAAUUCUGAAUAUUUAAAAGUAUACAAAUUAAACUGGUCUUUUUUUUAUAGAACAAGAUUUAAAUAAUGAUAUUUUUCAAGACCAUCCCGAAUUGGAUAAACUAUUUAAACAAUUAAAGAAUAACACACAUAUUCAAGCUCAUCACAUUUUAGUAUUAAUAAUGCGAUUGAGGCAACUAUGCUGUCAUCCUUGUUUAAUGAAAAGUGUAGGUAUCUAUUUAUUGAUAAAAUAAUACAAUUUUGCAUAAAAUUGCAAUGAUUUUGUUUUUAUAGAUGUUAGAAAAUGAAACUCUUCAGAUUGAUGGCAUUCAAGAUACUGGUGAUUUAGAAAUAAUAAACACCAUGAGUCGAAUGUCUAUAGGUAUGCCAAUUGUUGAAAAUCAUACUUCUACAAUAAGCAAUCCAAUUUUUAAAGACUCUUGGGUCAGCUCUAAGGUAUGAAAUAAUCAUUUUAAUUCACAUUUAUAUAUAAUUACAAAAAAUCAAAUAUUAUUACUCAUUGAAGUAUUUACAUUAUUAGACAAAUUGAAUUGACUUUUAUAUUAUUAGUAUUCAAUUAAUAGUAAUAACUAAUAUGUAAAAUAAAUAAAUGUAUAUAUAAAAAUUUUAAAAAAAAUUCAUCAUCAGCAGGUAUAUCACAGUCAAAAUAUAAAAUGCGACUGAAUAUUAAAAGUUAAAUCACUUAUUUAUUAAUUUAGUAAUUUUUUAGUUGUAUACAUACAUUUUUUAUUUAUAUAUUUAUUUACGAGUAUUAACCAUUUCAAUAAUUUUGUUUUUACUUUAUUAUUUUAUUUACUAAUAUGUGAUGGUUUUAAAAAAAUUCUGUCUAUAUUACUUUAUUAGAGUUGUCGGACAUUAUUAUUGAGAUCAUAUAUAAUUAAAUAUUUGUAACAUUUUAAAUUGUCUUCAAUUAAUACUCACAUUUUAUUUUUUGUGAUGUUUAUUAUCUCUCAGAUAAAAUCUGUUUGUGAUAUGGUCAAUGAAAAAGUAUUAAAUACAGAUGACAAAGCAGUAAUUGUUUCUCAAUGGCCUAGUGUGUUACUGCUUGUUGAUAAACGGCUAAAAACCUAUAAUGUUGAAACUGCUAUGUUCAGUGGUGCCAUUCCUGUUCCCAAAAGAAAUAAAAUAAUUGAUGAAUUUACCAAAUCCAAAAGAGGACCAAAGGUAAAAGAAUUUAAAAUAGUAAAAUUAUAGUACUAAAUUUUCAAUAUUCCACUGUAAUCUAAAUAUUAUUUUUCAGAUAUUACUACUUUCUUUAACUGCAGGAGGUGUUGGUCUGAAUUUGGUAGCAGCAAACCAUCUAUUUUUAGUAGAUAUUCAUUGGAAUCCACAGCUAGAGGCACAAGCAUGUGAUCGAAUUUAUAGAGUUGGACAAACCAAACCAGUAAAUGUGUAUAAGUUUAUUUGUACAGAUACCAUUGAAACCUCUAUACAAAAAAUUCAGUCAAGUAAGCUUGCGUUGGCUAGUAACCUAUUAGGCGGUUGCAGUAAUGUUGAAGGUGCCAAAAUAACAUUAGAUGAUCUAAAAGAAAUAUUUCAAGUGAAUCAACAAACCAAGAAAAAUUGAAAUAAUUAUAUUAAUUGUUUUGUCAUCAAUACUUAUAUUUUUUUUUUUUUUAUAUUAACUAUUUAAAUUUUAUAAUUUUUGACAUUGAUUAAAUUAUAUUAUAUAAUUGUUUUUCUUGUCAAU